GCCCUCGGGUCCGAGAUGGCGGAUCUCCACCGGCAGCUGCAGGACUACCUGAAGCAGGGGAAGGCGAGCAGGCCGGCGGCCGCAGAGCCGCUGCUCGGCGCGAGGGCAGCAGAGGAGCCCGAGGCCGGGGCCUGGCUGGGCAGCAGGGCUCUGCGAUGGCCGUGGGCACAGAGCGCGGCCGAGCCGUCGCCGUCGCCCGCGGGCUCGCGGUGCCUCCCCAGCGUGACGCGCGGGCAGCGCCUGGUGGCGGGCGGCCUGGGUCUGCUGCUGGCCGCGCUCUGCUUCGGCCUGGCGGCGCUCUACGCGCCGGUGCUGCUGCUGCGCGCGCGCAAGUUCGCGCUCCUCUGGUCGCUGGGCUCGGUGCUGGCGUGGGCGAGCGCGGCGCUGCUGCGGGGCGGCCCGGCGUGCGGCCGGCUGCUGCGCGGCGAGGAGACGCCGUCGCGGAGCGCGCUCGGCUACGCCGCCGCCUUGGGCGCCACGCUCUACGCCGCGCUGGUCCUGCGCAGUACGGUGCUGACGGCGCUCGGCGCUUGCGCACAGGUAGCCGCGCUGCUCUACGCCUUGAUGGGGCUCCUGCCCUGGGGCGGGGUGACGGCGCUGCGCCUGGCGCUGGGUCGCCUGAAUCGCGGGACGGGCUUAGCCAACGCGCUCCCGGUGUGACAGUCCCAGUCUCGAGGAUGAGGAACCAGCCAGGCUAGGGACACUCCACGGUACCCCGGCCAACAAGGACAAGGCAUCAUCAAGAACUGAUGGAUGCACCGGAGGCUCGAGAUCCUUUGGCUUCAGUAUUGUGCGGUUCUGGGUCGCAUGGGCCACGAAAAUACCUGAUUUAACAGUGCUCCUGGAGAUCACUAUCAUGAACUGCUUUCGCACUAAACUGGCAUGACACGGAAGUCAUUUUUAGCGAGAAAAAAGAAAGGAAUAGCUUUCUGACUUAGCCGCUUUGGGAAGAACUACAUUCUACCUUUUGUCAUUUAAAGAAAUGCAGGGUAUGUUUGGUGGAGCAGCAGGUUUCAGUUCUGCUGCAGCUUUCCAAACCCUCCUUAUUUCCUAUUCACUGUAAAGCAAUCCAGAUUAUCAGAUUAAACAGUAAAUUUAACCACUGGAUUUAAAAUAGUGAUUAGUUAAUACAUUCUACCUCAGGGUUUUUCUUCAGUUAAGAAGUAAAUAUGGUGCUUUAUAAUAUUUAAGUGUAAAUAUUUACUUGUCAAAGCAAUAUUCUAGACCAAAAUGCCAGAUAUCCAGUAUGAUUGGCAAAAUUUGCAAAGGUUUCUGCAAAAGGAAUCCUGGGAUGCAGGACAUUUUUACAUCUGCAGUUACCAUAGUUAUAAAUGAUAGGUUUGCCAAGUUUUCAUGAUUCCUAACAUUGCUGCUUGUUAAAAGUCCUACAUGGUUUGAUAAUGUUGAGUAAAAUGCUUUUCCUACGUAAAGUUCAGCAGGUAGUUGUGGUGCUGGAAAGAAUCAGCACUUAAGUCUAUCAUAAUUUAUUGCCAAAAACUCUAUUCAGUAUUGAACCUGGAUGCACUAGAAAGUAAAGGGCAUUCAACUUAAAAUGUCACACCGGUGGCUCUCACACUAGACGCCACAUCCCAUCAGUUCACUUACAAUACUGGUGGCUGGGUCUGGACGUUUUUUAUGUAUAAUAAUAUAUAAAACAUGCAUGUCCAGCUGAGGGUAAGACCCAUAUCUGUGCACUGGCUUGUACAAUGUGAAAUAAGUUUCCCAGGCUGCUCCAAUGUUGCCUUAACAGGUUAGGUCAAACAGUCCCCCAAGAUGUGAUCCUAUACUGGCCCAUAUCCCGACUUCACAGAUUUCCAAGACAACUAGCCUUUUGCCAUGCUCUCCUGGCAGUAAACAGAGCUACCCACCUCUCUCAGGAAAGGAAAUGCUAUUUUCAAGCACUGGUAUGCAUUUUUGUUAAUAUGUUCAAGAUACUAAAUUCGGUUUCCAAUAUUGUCUCAAGAAUUCAUUACUUGAAAAUAAGUUUUAUAAAAUUCUA